AGGUAGCAUUGUUUUAUCGCCCACUGGUCUGAGACAUGCCUUCUCCCGGGCGAGUGUCCCACACCACUCAGUGAAUGUAUUCCUGGAGGAGAAGGAAGCGCCUCGGCCGUCCCUUCCUAUAAUAUUCGGCAUUUACCUUCGCCACCUUCUUCUCCACAACCCACCCAAAUCAACUUCCAGAUUACGCAACUAUCCAAAGUCAAUCUCCUUCCCAGGUUUGCCCUUCCAAAGUGCACCUUCUGUCGUCUGACUUACUGACACUUCAUCCGUUGAGUGACUUAAGAUGGAAAGUGACGACGUAUCUGCCGCGGAGGCGUCCUCUCAACCACCAGCCGAGCGAGUCAAACUUUCGUCAUCCGCCGCCGAUAAGAAUAAGCCCGUCUUCGGACGCCUCGACGUCACCUUGGAUACUGACGAAUCUGGAGACAUCACCGUCAAUAUCAGCAACACAAGACGCCUUGGCAAGCCCGUGAUCGACCACCUUUUGGAUGAGACUUUCGCUUUUCAUGGAUCUCGCCAGCAAGUUCAUGCUAUGAUUGAUAGAAUUCUCGACUACAGCGAGAAUUCCAUCACCACGGGCAUUGUGAGCCUCCAACCUGGCACAGGCGAGGCGGCACUGCAGUCAAAGGCGCCUACGACAACCCAGGCAGUGGAGUCAGUAGCUGCGGCAGCUACGGUGUCUGAGAACCGGACAGACCCAGAUUCAGUCGCGUCGACGAAUGAGGGGUCAGUGAAGUCUACUGCCACAGAGGUAGAAGCAUCUGCCCUUAAGGGACCAUCGACACCUGCGGUUACGCACCAGUCUCAGCAGACCUCCAAAGUCGUCGCCACCCCGAAGCCAGUUGCGCCGCAGAAUUCAUCGCUUGUUCUCACACGGGAUCACCUGAAGAGUGUAUUCAGAGCGUGGAUGAAUGGUGGACGGCCGGUGACAAAGUUACAGACCCUCCUGAAGAAAAUUCCUGAGAACUACAGCCCGAAUCCCUCUGUGGAGUGCAUGGUUCUUCAAAAGUUAGCUGGAAAGAAGCCAGACAUGAUGGCCGGUGAACUUGAAACCGUGGUACGAUCUUACAUGACCUCAGUCUUCAAGUGUUGUAUUCAGCAAAAGAACACCAAAAUCGGAAGGGCUUGAGUGCAUUUCCAGAUUUUGAGGCUACUGUGGUUCUACCCUGAUCAGGUUGAAAAAGUCGACUUCCCUUGGGCUCAGAUGGAACCCCUUUGGUCU